CCCGGAACGUAAGCCAAAAGAUCAGAGAAAGAGACAGACAGACAAGAUUAAAAGAGUGACAAGGCAAAGAGAGAGAAAAAAGAGUAAGAAACCGCCCUAGAAUCUUUUCAGUUUUUCCCUGUCUUCAUGUGUCUUUGUUAUAGAGACGCUGCCUUGUCGGGGCAGCAGACUUGGGACGAGAGAGAGGCCUAGAGGGGGAGGAGUUGGUGAGCGAGCUCGGGAUCAGCGGGUGACCCCAGAGUUCUUGCUUCCUCUUGGAGGAGGGCUGCAGCCUGCACCCUGCAGGGGAGAGAGAGCAGGAGGGGACGGAGACAUGGGUAGCUUCGCUAAGCUGGCGAAGAGGGCGGUGGAGACGGACGCGCCGGUCAUGGUGAAGAUACAAGAACUGCUUCGAGGGGCCACGGAUGUCAUGUCGCUUGCGCAGGGAGUUGUUUACUGGCAACCUCCUGAGUCAGCUCUGGAUAAGAUCGAAAAAAUCGUCAGGGAACCAACAGUCAGUAAGUAUGGUUCUGAUGAUGGACUUCCUGAGCUUCGAGAAGCACUUCUCGAAAAGCUACGCAGAGAGAAUAAGCUUACCAAGUCAUCAGUCAUGGUCACUGCUGGUGCAAAUCAGGCUUUUGUGAACUUGGUCCUCACUCUUUGUGAUGCUGGUGAUUCUGUUGUCAUGUUUGCACCAUAUUAUUUCAAUGCCUACAUGUCAUUCCAGAUGACAGGUGUUACUGACAUAUUAAUUGGUGGUUGCGAUCCCAAGACACUUCAUCCUGAUGUUGAUUGGUUGGAGAAGGUUCUGAAAGAAAAUGACCCUAUCCCUAAACUUGUUACUGUUGUGAAUCCGGGGAACCCCUCUGGAGCUUUUGUUCCCAGGCCUAUGCUUGAGAGAAUUUCAGAUCUGUGCAAAAAUGCUGGUGCAUGGCUUGUGGUUGACAAUACCUAUGAAUACUUUAUGUAUGAUGGAAUGGAGCACUAUUGCUUAGAAGAUACUCAUAUUGUCAACCUCUUCUCAUUCUCAAAGGCUUAUGGAAUGAUGGGGUGGCGUGUAGGAUACAUUGCAUUUCCAAAUGAAGCUGAUGGCUUCCACGAUCAGCUCCUCAAAGUGCAAGACAACAUACCUAUCUGUGCCUCCAUCAUCGGGCAGCGCCUGGCGCUCUACUCACUGGAGGCUGGCCCCGAGUGGAUCAAAGAAAGGGUGAAAGACUUGGUGAAAAACCGAGCACUGCUCGUGGAGGCGCUGUCCCCGCUCGGUGAGGACAAUGUGAAGGGCGGGGAGGGCGCCAUCUACCUCUGGGCCAAACUGCCGGACAACUGCUCCAACGAUUUUGAAGUUGUCAGGUGGCUUGCAAACAAGCACGGUGUCGCUGUGAUCCCUGGCAGCGCCAGUGGAGGCCCCGGAUACAUCCGCGUCUCCUUCGGAGGGCUCAAAGAAGAAGACACCAGGCUCGCUGCUGAGAGGCUAAGGCGCGGCUUGCAGGAGCUGGUGACUGAUGGAAUGGUACAGUAACUGGUCCCUUGGUGUAAGUAAAAACGUAGCAUUGAAGUUUUACAGAACUCCAAUUUUCCAAUGGUAUAAUUCUAUACCGGGAUUAAUUCGAGAGAAGACUAUUUUCAAGAAUACAUUGUUCGGACGAGAGCCGGGGACAGAAUAAAUAAAAGGUAUCCGGUCUGCAGAGUAACCUAUGUUAUAAAAUAUAAAUAGUACAUAUAUCAUCAGUGAGUACUUGUUUCUGUUUGACA